UAUAUUGCAAAUUUCUUUAACGGGUUUCAUAUCAAUUGUUUGCAAUUUUCUUUGCCACCGUAUCUAAAGAAUAGAGAGAGAUGGAGAAAAAGAGUGGGAGUGAGGAGGAUAAGGGAAAGGUAUGCAAAAGGUGCAAGGAAAGCUACAGAGCCUCCUCUAACACCUCUCUCUCAUGCCGCUUCCACCCUUCUUUCUUCGUCUGUCGCCGUCACGACGACCAGAAAAGGUACUAUGAAUUGGGACCCAACGAUCCGCCAUACGCUGCCAAGUUCUACGACUGUUGUGGGGCUGAGGAUCCUGAGGCAUCCGGCUGCACUACCAGUUUCCAUGUUUCGUACGAUGAGGAUUGAUUUAAGUUUCAUCAUUUCAUUCAGUCUUGCUCUUGCACUCUAGCCAAGUUGUAGAUAUCAUUCUGUAUCUCCAAUAAUGUCCUCUCUUUUAUAUGAAAAUGAAGUUGAUGCAAAAUUCUGAACGUUUGUUUCUUGAAGUGAUGGUUUGUAUAUGUAGUUUAGCUUGCUACAAUUCGGAUAAAGUCAGAAGAAAAACAAAGUUAUGUAAAGAAAAUAAAGGAGGAGACGCGACGACGGGGAAUUGUAUUUUUCUAAUAAAGACUAAUGGUAAUAUAUCAUGAAGAUUUGAUUCCAUUUUCCA